UGGAUAUAAACAUGCCCUGGCCUUGUCCAACGAUGGAAAAGUCUACUCUUGGGGAGGGAACGGAUCAGGCCAGCUUGGAAAUGGAACCGAUGAUACAAGUUCACACCAACCAACUAUGAUAACAGGAAAUUAUGGCAGGAUAAGAGACAUAGCUGCUCAUUACAAUUGCCAAACGAGUGCUGCCGUCACAGUAGCAGAUGAAGUAUUCGCUUGGGGUGACUACAAUGGCAAAGAAAACUUCAUUCCGACAAUAACCUCAUUCACAUCUCUGGAUGAAGUUUUUGCGAAUAUUCCAGAUGACGUCGUAACAUUCCGACCGUUGCGUAUAAACUUUGAUGAUGAACUGAUAGAAGAAAUGAACACUACAAACGAAUUGCCGGAAUGGCUCAAAAAAUCGUUUGGUGACGUGGAAUCUGCUGACGUUGUUUUCGUAGUCGAGGGAAAGAAAAUCCACGCGCACAAAUAUAUUUUGAUAAUGCGUUGCGCCGUCUUCAGGACCAUGUUCCUGGGCAAUUGGAAAGAGAGCAACGAAAGUGAGCAAAUCAUCGAUCAUCACAGCUACGAUACGUUUUUCGCCUUUUUGAAAUACUUCUACACCAACGAGGUUGAUUUGCAGCCAGACAUGGCUCUAGAGCUUUUCGCCUUGGCCCACUUCUAUCAAAUGACUGAUCUGCAAAAGGAGUGCUUGAAAAUCAUCAAAAGAGGCGUGACCGUGGAUAACGCCGCUUCGGUUUACGAUAAAGCGAUUCUUCUUGCUUCCGAGGAACUCAAGGAGUUCGUUUUGAAGUUCUGCAUGGCGAAUCUGACCGCGGUCGUGAACAGUGAUGGCUUCAAGCUCUUGAAGGAUGAUGUCGUGAGAGAUUUGUUCCUUCAUGCUGCGCAGCAAGGAGCGUUUAAAAAAUGAAUAGUAUGCGAUAUUUCCUCUGCUGAAAGAUGCAGAUUGUAGAAGUUUUAUUUUUUUUAAAUUUGUUUUUUAUCCGAUAAAUAUUAAUUUUGAUGGGUGUUAUCUCUUUAAACCGCGUGGCUUUUUGCCCUAAUCUUGUUAUUUUUUUGACUGCGCCACCGUGAUAGUUGAAACUUCACAAAAAUCACCACCUUAAUUUUUACGAUCGUUCCACUCGUCAUCUUAAAUUGUGUAAUUACGAGAGAAAUUAUUGCUUAUCAUGUUCUAUAUUAAAAUUAAAUAAA